GAUGCCUUUGCCCUGUGGAAGUGGAACUGGAAGCCACCGAUAAGAAGCGCCGCGCCGCCGCUGACGCCCCUUUCUCCCAGGUGAGAUCUCCCGUCCCAUGAUCCCGCCGCUCUCCAACCUCCGGCCACGCUUUCUCGCCGCAACCCUCAAACUCCUCUCGACACACUUGCGCUACCUCUCCACUACCCCAAGUCCCACACCGGCAACCCGCUCCCCUACAACCCCCGUGGACGUCCUCUGGGACCUCGCCGCCUCCCGCCCCCCCUCGAAGCUCGCCCUCUACGACGCCGCCGUCCGCCUCCACCUCGCCGCCUCCUCCUUUGGACGCCUCCGUCUCUCCGCCGCCUUCCUCCACCCUUCCCACCGCCUCCCCGCCCCCGACCCGUCCGCCGAUGCCACCCACCUCUGCCGCGUCUGCGGCCGCCGUUUCCGCGCCCGCGAUACCCUGCUGCACCACUUCGACACCAUCCACACCCGCGAGCACGCCAAGCGCCUCGAGCGCAUCGACUCCUCCCGCGGCGACCGCCGCGUGCGCCUCGCCGCGUCCCUCUCCCUCAAGCUCUCCAAGUACACCAAGGCCGCCCGCGAGCUCACCGCCGCGGCGAACCCCGGCUCCCCCGCCGACGACCUCCGUCGAGCCGGAGUCCGUGCCCAGCUCUCCCGGACCCCGUCCGCGUCCCUCCUGGAGCGCGCCCAGGAGGUGCUCGACCAAAGGUCCGUGGGGUGCCUGAUCCUGGUCUCGGCGCACGAGGAGCUCGCCCCUCUGCUGCGGCUAGCUAGGCAGAAGGGCGUGCGGUCUGUGGUGGUUGGUGGGGAGUCUGGGCUGGCAAGGUGGGCCGACGUGGGGUUCAGCUGGGCUGAGGUGGUCGCCGGGAAAGCCAGGAAGGCAGCACCGUCCAUGUCCGGGAAAUGGCGGGACAGGGACGUGCUUAAGAAGUUGGAGUGGAGGUAUGAAGAGGAGGACGAGGAGGAAGAUGUGGUGUUUGAGGAGGAUGGUGACGGCGAUGGGUCAGAGAAGUUGGCCAGAAGUGCGAAGGGGAAACCAUGGUGGAAGCUGGAGUCGGAUGGCGAGGACUCGUGCACUGGCGGUUGAGUGCUGACCGUCUGACCAGUAAUUUUGCAUAACAGUGUUUGUUCAUUUUCUGCUUGGGAGAUCAGAAGAACUGUAGAUCAUGCAACACAGUGUUGCCAUAAGAUCAAGGAACGGAGGGAGUACUACAUAGAGUAAGUGAUACAUUGUUCAUACCACAUGGGGUGAUUGACACCGCAGCAUGACAAGGGGAAACCAUGCUGGAAGCUGGAGAAGGGGAAACCAUGGUGGAAUCUGGAGUUGGAUCUCGAGGGCUGUCGUAUUGGUCGUUGAAUGCUGAGUGGUGAUUUUGCAAAACAGUCUGAUGGUCUCGCGAGAAGUGAUGCUGGGUGAGAGUGUUGCUUUAGAUUAUUUGAAAACUUUAUAACAAACCUUGCUUUUGCAUAAAAUUUGUCUCCUUGUUUGCAUUAGGCUAGUACUAAUAUUUAUCGAUUCAUAUAAGAAUCGGAAUGAGGUUAAAAUGCACACCAAUUGAUUAAUUA